AACCCCACCACCGUUUCUUCGAACAACUUAUCGCUCACACCUAUUACAUCUAGCUCCAGAAGAACCAGAAGCCCAAGUACGGCGUAUGCUCAGCCAUGACGGAUAAACAAUCAGUUUUCGACACACCCUUCGACCUGCUUCCAAAUCCCAAGCAGGUCUGGAUAGGGGAACCCGGAAGCCAUGAAGAAGGCCUCGGGAAGCUGUCCAUCUUGACACCUGAAGUAGUGGCCAAGGCGGCAGCAUCCGAGAUCAAGACAGGCCGGCGGGUGACUAUGGCUUGGGAAUUGACCAAGCUAGAUUAUCCAAAUCUGAAUCGUCAGCCAUGCCAACAUCGCAUUGUGCCCUUGCUAGGCGGGGUGGCCUUUGAUGAUAUCUACACGAUGAACCCACAGCAGAGCAGUCAAUGGGAUGGUCUAAGACAUUUCUCACAGACGGUGCCAGGUCAAUCAGAGCGUGUCUUCUACGGCGGAACGACUGCGGCCGAAAUCAAUGACCGGAAAAAUGAUCGGAUCGGCUUACAGCACUGGGCACGCGCGGGCAUAGCCGGUAAGCCGUUCAGCUAUAAGUCCACCAUUGUGUCAUAUCUCAUUUGCUUUUGCACUGAACCGCUCUUUGUAGGUCGGGGGGUACUCAUCGACUACGCCACGUGGGCUGCGAGGCGCGGGAUACAGUAUACCACUUUCUCAACCCAUCAAGUCAGACUCUCAGACAUUUUGGAGAUUGCAAAAGAAUGCAGCAUCGCCUUUCAAAUAGGCGACAUCCUCUUUAUACGAAUCGGAGUUAUCAAAGAGUGGGACAAUGUCAUGACAGAUGUUCAGAAACAGCAAUAUUCUGCGAAUAAAAACCCCCAGCAUGCCGGAGUGGAGGCUACUGUCGACAUGCUUCGUUGGUUAUGGGAUACUGGGUUUGCAGCCAUAGCGAGUGAUGCUAUCAGUUGGGAGGUAUAUCCACCACAAUCUCCUGAUCUUUUCCUUCAUGAAUACGUCCUUGCGGGAUGGGGAAUGCCGAUCGGCGAGCUCUUUGAUCUAGAAGCGCUGGCACGAACAUGUGAAGGACUUCAGCGCUGGACCUUCUUUGUCACAUCUGUACCUCUGAAUAUGCCUGGUGGGGUAUCAUCCCCCCCGAGCGCUAUGGCCAUAUUUUGAGAAUUGAAGCGAAGGUGCAUAGAGGCUCCAGUUGGGAUUUCCAGCUCUUGUGAGAUGUUCGACGUGCUUUUCCAUUUUACUUAACCUUAGUCUAUGUAUUUCUUGUUGCACAAAGAGCGUAUAGCUAUUCCAACCACACUCUGGGCUUGGAGUCUUGCCAGCUGCUGAUUCAUGUCCCAGCCGAAAGCUCAAAAUACGUUCUAGCUGAAUU